AAUGGCAGUUGUACCCUCUCUAUGUGACCCAAUCCGCCCUAAUCUUUCGUCAGGAUACCAAAAGUGGAGCUCUCAGGUUCUGUCUUUUAACCGAUUGUGCUCAGUCUCGUUUAGAUCUUUAACGUUCGGAUGUUCAGCCUCUGUUUCAAAUAUUUAAGACUUCUUUUGAUGUUCAUUCUAAAUGAUGUCCCUGUUAGACUUGUACAUACACUCCAAUAAUUGUACUCUUCUCAAACUUUUUACUGAUCCGGGUGGAAGCAUGUUGAACAUUUGGAGAUCAAAUUGAAGGGGUGGACUUCUGACUUUGUGUUAGCUAUCUUCAUGGAGGACCAUACUUUUGUUAUUGGGCAAGAAUUUCCUGAUGUAAAGGCCUUCAGGAAUGCAAUCAAAGAAGCUGCCAUUGCGCAACACUUUGAGCUUCGUAUUAUAAAAAGUGACCUGAUUCGGUACUUUGCAAAGUGUGCCACGGAAGGUUGCCCAUGGCGCAUUCGUGCAGUCAAGCUCCCUAAUACCCCAACUUUUGUAAUAAGAAGCCUUGAAGGAACACACACUUGUGGGAAGAAUGCACAAAAUGGACAUCAUCAAGCUUCUGUGGAUUGGAUUGUCAGUUUUAUAGAGGAAAGAUUACGAGAUAAUAUUAAUUACAAGCCAAAGGAUAUAUUGCAUGACAUUCAUAAACAGUAUGGGAUUACGAUACCAUAUAAGCAAGCUUGGCGUGCAAAGGAAAGGGGGCUUGCUGCGAUUUAUGGUUCUUCUGAAGAAGGAUAUUGCCUACUUCCAUCAUACUGUGAGCAAAUAAAGAAAACCAAUCCUGGAAGCAUUGCCGAGGUUUUCACUACUGGUGCAGACAAUCGCUUCCAGCGGCUCUUUGUUUCAUUUUAUGCGUCAAUAUAUGGCUUCCUGAAUGGAUGCCUGCCCAUUGUCAGCGUUGGUGGAAUCCAGCUUAAAAGCAAAUAUCUUGGUACCUUACUUUCAGCCACUUCUUUUGAUGCUGAUGGUGGGUUGUUUCCAGUUGCAUUUGGUGUUGUUGAUGCAGAAAGCGACGAGUGCUGGAUGUGGUUCUUGUCAGAAUUACAUAAGGCUUUAGAGAUGAAUGCUGAGACUAUGCCACGGCUCACUUUUAUAUCAGAUGGACAGAAAGGCAUUGCAGAUGCAAUAAGGAGAAGGUUUCCAAAUUCUUCUCAAGCACUUUGUAUGCGCCACUUGAGUGAAAGUGUUGGCAAAGAGUUCAAGAACUCGAGGCUUGUGCAUGUUAUUUGGAAAGCUGCAAAUGCUACCACUACUCUUGCUUUUAAAGAUAGAAUGGCUGAAAUAGAAGAUAUUUCUUCUGAAGCUGCAAAGUGGAUACAACAAUUUCCUCCUUCCCGUUGGGCGUUAGUACAUUUUGAAGGGACACGGUAUGGCCGACUCUCUUCAAAUAUUGAGGAAUUUAAUAAGUGGAUUCUUGAAGCUCGGGAAUUGCCCAUAAUCCAAGUGAUUGAGCGAAUUCACUGUAAACUAAUUACUGAAUUUGUGGCCCGGCGUAUUAACAGCAAUUCUUGGUAUUCUGUACUUGCCCCAUCUGCUGAAAAGCAUAUGAUAGAAGCCAUUAACCAUGCCUCGACAUAUCAGGUCCUUAGAUCAGAUGAAGUAGAAUUUGAAGUUUUAUCAGCUGAGAGAUCAGAGAUUGUGAACAUUGGAACUCAUUGUUGCUCCUGUCGUGAUUGGCAGCUUUAUGGAAUACCUUGUUCUCAUGCUGUUGCAGCACUCAUCUCAUGUCGAAAAGAUGUAUAUGCCUUUACAGAGAAAUGUUUUACCGUUGCCAGUUACCGAGAAACAUAUGCAGAAGAAAUUCAUCCCAUCCCUGCAAAAAUUGGAUGGAGAAAGAUUGGUGAGGUCUCAGAUGAUGACACUCAGGUUGUGCGACCUCCCAAGUUUCGUCGACCCCCAGGACGUCCUGAAAAGAAACGAAUCUGUGUCGAGGAUCUUAACCGUGAAAAACAUACAGUGCAUUGCAGUCGGUGUAACCAAACUGGACAUUACAAGACAACUUGCAAGGCAGAGAUCAUGAAUAGUAUUGAACAAUUUUAGGUUUCUAAUUUUGUAAAUUACUAGAAUGUAUGAACAUUGUAGCCAUCCCUUAUGUUUGGGGAAUACUUCUUGUAAAAUAGGAAACCUCCACGCUAUUUAACAUUGUACUUUGUAAGUGGAAACAACUUUUAAGAAAUAGUAGAUAAUUUUGCAUUCUAGUUAA